UUCUUCCUGUUCUUUAAUAUAUAUAUAAAGAUGACAUUUUUCUUCCUUCUCCGUCAUUUCUCUCUGUAUAUUUAUUUAUAUUUUCCACCCCUUUUUCUCUUUUCGUCGUUUUACAGUUCUUAUCUCCAAAUCUCGCAUGCUCAAGGAACUUUAAGACUUGUUCUGCAAAAUGGAGAAGAAUCAAGAGCUUGAAUGGGUAGAAGCACAACAGAUUGAAAUAGGUGUUGAUCUGGUAGCUGCAGCUAAACGUCAGCUUCAGUUUCUCUCUGCGGUCGAUCGGAGUCGAUUCCUUUAUGAAAGCCCUAGCCUUGAAAGGGCUAUUUAUAGGUACAAUGCUUACUGGCUUCCAUUACUUGCCAAACAUUCCGAAUCCCCACUACUUGAUGGACCUUUAGUUGUCCCCUUUGACUGUGAAUGGAUUUGGCAUUGUCACAGAUUGAAUCCUGUACGUUACAAAUCUGAUUGUGAGGAACUUUAUGGAAAGAUACUUGAUAAUUCCAAUGUUAAAUCAACAAUUGGAAGUUCUUGUUCAAGAGAAACUGAAGAAGUUUGGAAUGAAUUAUAUCCUGAAGAGCCCUUCAACUUCAACUCAACCAGCGAGUCUCAAGAGGAUGUUUCAAAAGUGCUAUCAGGGCUUGAAAAAUACACCAAAUAUGAUUUAGUUUCAGCUGUUAAAAGACAAGGUCCCUUCUUUUAUCAGGUGUCCCGACCUCACAUGGGCAAUGAAAUUUUCCUUCAAGAAGCUGUGGCUAGAUACAAAGGAUUUCUGUAUUUAAUCAAAAGCAACAGGGAGAAGUCCCUAAAGCGCUUUUGUGUCCCAACAUAUGAUAUUGAUCUAAUUUGGCAUUCUCAUCAAUUGCACCCUCUUUCCUAUUGUAAAGACUUGAAGAAAAUACUUGGUGUGGUCUUGGAGCAUGAUGAUACGGAUUCAGAUCGAACCAAAGGGAAGAAAUUGGAUAAUGGGUUCUCUGGAACUACUAAACAGUGGGAAGAUACAUUUGGUACUAGGUACUGGAGGGCAGGGGUAAUGUAUAGAGGCAAUUGCCCAUCUCCUCUUGUCCUCAAUCCGUAUUCAGCUUCAACUAACACGAUUAGAGAUGAUGUGGUUUCAUCCCAAGACUGUCAAAAUAUAGUUCAUCUUCCUGAAUUAAAGACGGUUGAGGUCCUGUUGGAGUUUGUGGAAGUUAAAAACAUACCAGAAGGGUUGAAAGGAAAUCUUUUUGUACAAUUUAUGAAAAGUCAGCCAGAUGCUAUAUUCAAUUCCAAAUGGAAACUAAGUAUAUUAUCUGAGACGGGGGUGAAGCAGGUAGCUUCCUUUCAGUGUGAACCUAAAGGAGAUCUGAAGUUGGAGCUCAUAUGCUGUAGGUCUUCCAAUAUUCCUAUAACACGGACCCCCUUAACAUUGGGUUCCGUUUCGCUUCCCCUAGGCCUAGACGAUAUUCUUGUUCCAUCCUCUAAGCUGUCAAUGGAGAGAUGGUUGGAGCUGAAGCCAGUUUCAGACCAUGUAAGCUCAAAACCAAUUUCCCUCCGAGUGGCUAUCUCAUUUACCGUUCCCCACCCUGCUCAACGGGAACUUCAUAUGUUUAGUUCUCGAGAACUAUCCAGAUGGACUUCUUUUCUCCCUUCCUGCACAAGGAUGCAACGCUCAAAGGGUUGGACGCAGGUCACUGAUGAAGCAGGAAAUGAUGUCAUCAACCUCCAAUUGAGGGAUUCUUUGAAGGCAAAGGUGGGGAAGAAUAACAUUCCAACAAGUAAGGAGGUGAUUGGCAUAAAAAUGUCCGGUGAAUCAUGCCAUCUUGCUGAGUUUGUAAAGACAGGGUGGUCUCUGAUUGAUGGUCAAUGGCUCUUAGAUUUACAACAAAAAUCCAGUGAAGAUGAUCAUCUUUUCAAGCUUGUGGGCAAGAGACUGGUGAGAUUUUACCAGGGCAGGAAGUUGGAUUAUGAGCCCAAAAAUUGUGAGAAACAUAAUCGUGAACAGGAUUUCAUGUCUGCCAUCGAGUUCUCUGCAGAAUAUCCGUAUGGAAGAGCAGUGGCAUUGUUUGACUUGAAAUUUGGAGUUAUCAAGAUAAAGGAAGAAUGGAUGUUGGUGCCGGGAAUCUUAACAGCUUUUCUUCUCCUUCACACAUGGAAGAAAAAAGGGUAUAAUAGCCUAACUGUAAAUGAAGAGAAGUUGGAGGCUGACACUGAUCAUGAAAGAGUACAAAAGUCUGGAAAGGAAGAGAUGACUAUGAAUCUAACCAAUUUAUCCUCUUCAAGUACAGAUCUAAAAGCCAAUGUUUCUGAAGGAAUUGCAGUUGUACCAAUAAAAGAAGAAGAUUCUAAAGAGAACAUAACAAUGUCAUUGAACCAGGAUAAACUCAGUAGCCAUUGUGACCAAAACACGGUGAAGAGCGGUGGACGUGGAAACAUGGUAAAGAGCGGUGGUUGUGGUGGAUGUGGCGCUGGUGGUUGCGGUUCAGAGUGUGGAAACAUGGUGAAGAGCGGUGGUUGUGGUGGUGGAUGUGGUGGUGGGUGUGGAAAUAUCGUAAAUAGUGGUGGUUGUGGAGGAUGUGGUGGUGAAAUCCUGGCAAAGAGCGGUGGGUGUGGGGGGAGUGGUGGGUGUGGCGGGUGUGGUGGUGGUUGUGGCAGUUUUGGGUAUAAAACUGCACAACCAAAUGAAGGUAAGCAGACUGAUGGCAGUAUUGCUGGAAAAGAAUUACCAGCAGCUUGUGGUAUGGAAUGUAACAAAUGAAUAAACAAAGUUUGUAUUAAAAGAAAUAAUGUAUAGGCAAAGUCUAAAACCUAUCCAAUAAACAUAUGAAAGUCAAGUCAUGGUAUUGUGUUUACCUUACCCAUUCUGUGUAUGAGGGCUGUGUCAAAGUCAUGGUUUUUGUUUGUAUACAAGUUUCAUGAUUUGUGUAUAUUGAUAAAUAAAUAUGUUUGUAGGUUUGUGUACAACUCCA